CUCUGCAGUUCUCUUCAUCUCAGUUGUUUCCACGAAAUGUCCAAAGACAUCUACAAAGAGAUCAUAAGCAAUUCCUGUCGCCACAUCUGCAAGCUGAACUUGAACCACUGUUACUGGCUCCCGGCUCAGGUCGUUACCGAAAUGGUGCUCAAGUGUCAGAAGGUCACCGACCUGCACCUGAUAGAAUGCAAACUCCGAUCUCACCAACUCGUUCAGAUCCUCGCAAAGAACCAACUGAUCCGAGUAUUUUCCUGCUCAAUCGCCAGUAUCACAGACAUAACGGAACAAGUGAUGCGGAACAAGGCGGCACAGAAUACACUCUGGCACCUGAAGAAACUCUGUCUCCAUUUCAAACAGGAGACCUGUAAGUUGGAUUUGUCCGUUUCGGUGAAUUUUGUUCACAACACUUCUUUGUUUCAUUACUGUGGCAACCUGGAGAGUUUACGCGUUCUGGGCACGCCACAUAGGGGAUUACCGAAAGACAUGCUCAGCCCGCUGAUCUUGAAUGUAAAUAACUUCCAGAGAAUCAAAGAACUGGCCAUAAACGAUGCCGCCGAUCCGGCUGCUCGGAUUUUCUUCUUCGGAACUUUAUUGGAAUUGUGUAAAGUCGACCUCCACCUGAAGACUCUGUUGAAGCCGAUGGCUAACCUGACGACCAAACCAUAUUUUGCAAAUAUUUUCAAAAACAUGUCGGAGAUGGAGAACUUGGAUCUGUCUCGGUCUAACAUCGAGGUUCCGAUGGAUAUGAUUAAAUGGGAAGAAGCUGUGAAUUUGCGACAUUUGAACUUGUUAGAGAACAUCAAGAUAAAUAGCGAACAGUUGUCCACGUUAGCUGGUUUGUGUCCUCACAUCAUUAGCCUCAAUCUUCAAUACUGUAUCUCAUCUUUCCAAGCGGGCAAAAAUAAUUAUCCAUUACAAGAAGAUUUGAAAGGUUUACAAGCAUUAAUCUCUUCAUGUCGGCAUUUGACACACUUAAAUCUGAGCGGCAUCCACUCACAUUAUCUUCGUCACAAUGAAACCACAAUUUGCGAUGCGCUUGCCGAGCUUCCUGGUUUGAAGUCCCUGGCUCUCUCAUCCUGUGCUGUUGUCCAUAAACAUUCUGAUGCCAGAGAACAUACGUUCAAUAUCAAAUUAGAUGAAGUACCAGCCAAGAAACGCCGCAUGUCAUGGAUGGAACCAAAUAGUCCCUUCUCAGAGCUUUCCUCUGAUGUGAACCUCUACUCCACUGAUUCACUCUCAUCUGGUGCAACAACCAACUCCAGCUGCCAAGAUUUGGAAACUUUGGUGAAGGGCUGCCCCAACAUGGAACAUUUUGAACUCAUUACACCCAACUUCUAUUCAGUUUUCCAUAAAGUUCUUGGAAUGUGUACGAGGGAACAGAAUUUCUAUGCUUGUGAACCCUCUCGCCAGUUACAUGAAAGUCAGUUAAUGUGGAUUGGUCACUGGAGAAACCUUCGUUAUCUUCAAUUAACUGGAAUUCCAGAAAUUCGUCUUGGAACCAGCCUGGUCUCAAUCUGUAAACACUGCAUCCACUUAGAAAGACUUCACCUGGCUCAGCUAGGCUUACCUGGUCACAUUACAUACCAUUCUAACCUAUGUAAAGCAUUAACCCACUGCAAACAGCUGAAAGAUUUCAGAAUAGAACAACCCAACAUGAAACUCAAUGAAACCUUUUUCCGUUCCUUGUGGAGUUGUCCGGAACUGGAGAGAGUCUGUGUGGCCAGUAACAGGAGUACCUACGAUUCCGUCUUGAUCGACCAGUUACUGUCUAUGGCUUCCAAGAUGAUUGUACUCAUGGUGUUUUCCGGAAUGUCUCAAGAAAACUGCAAACAUUUGCAAAGUUAUUUAACAAAGAAAUACAAACCAAGCCGCCCUGCCUUGUGGAUCAACCUUUUCCCUUUACAACACAUUGACCUUAAAGACGAGUUGAAUUCUAUACCAACCAAACACUAUGAGGAACUGAUGUUACUCAGAUCUCGAGUCAGUGUCAAACCAGUCGACUGGUGAAGUCAUUUCAACAGAAACCAUCAUCAUCAUCUCCAUAACCAUGAUUAUUAAUAUUAAUAUUAUUAUUAUUAUUAUUUAUUACUAUUUUUUAUAUUAUUAUUUUAUUAUUUAUAGCAUUAUUAUUA